UCUUGUGUGUGUGCGUCUCGAAUAGCCCCCAAGAUGGCCGCCAAUGUGGGAUCGAUGUUUCAAUAUUGGAAGCGAUUUGAUCUACGGCGACUCCAGAAGGAGCUUAAUUCCGUCGCUUCUGAGCUGUCUGCACGGCAGGAGGAGAGUGAACAUUCUCAUAAACAUUUAAUUGAACUCCGCCGGGAAUUUAAGAAAAAUGUACCUGAGGAAAUCAGAGAGAUGGUGGCUCCUGUAUUAAAAAGCUUCCAAGCUGAGGUGGUGGCCCUUAGUAAAAGAAGUCAGGAAGCUGAGGCUGCUUUUUUGAGUGUUUACAAGCAAUUAGUUGAAGCACCAGACCCUGUGCCUGUAUUUGAGGCGACACGCAGCCUAGACGACAGACUGCAGCCCCCCAGCUUCGACCCCAGUGGGCAGCCGCGGCGAGACCUCCACACUUCGUGGAAGAGGCACCCCGAGUUCCUCAGCCCUAAAGAGCAGAGAGAGGGGACAUCUCCAGCCGGGCCCACGCUGACCGAGCGGGGGCGCCUCCCGGGCAUUCCCAGCAAAGCCCUCCUGACAGAAACUUUGCUGCAGAGAAAUGAGGCGGAGAAACAGAAGGGCCUUCAAGAAGUACAAAUCACUUUGGCAGCCAGACUGGGGGAGGCAGAGGAAAAGAUCAAGGUUCUACAUUCAGCGUUGAAGGCCACACAGACGGAGCUGCUGGAGCUGCGGCGGAAGUACGAUGAAGAGGCGGCGUCCAAGGCAGAUGAAGUCGGCCUGAUCAUGACCAACCUGGAGAAGGCUAAUCAGAGAGCUGAGGCCGCCCAGCGGGAGGUGGAAAGUCUUCGGGAACAACUUGCCUCUGUCAACAGCUCCAUCCGCCUGGCCUGCUGCUCCCCGCAGGGCCCCGGCGGGAUCUCCGCAUCCGAGGCAUUUGAUUCACAGUUCCUGACACCGCCACGGGUCUGCCCCAGGGUGGUCGCUGUCUCCACCCGUGAACCUGAAGCGGCCGACAUGAGGUUUACCUCGCCGGACACCCUGGAUAAGGUGAACUUCGCGCUGUGCUCGGGCCCGCGGCUCGAGGCGGCCCUGGCCUCCAAGGAUCGGGAGAUCCUGCGGCUGCUGAAGGACGUGCAGCACCUCCAGAACUCCCUGCAGGAGCUGGAGGAGGCCUCCGCCAACCAGAUUGCCGACCUGGAGCGGCAGCUCUCAGCCAAGUCCGAGGCCAUCGAGAAGCUGGAAGAGAAGCUCCAGGCACAGUCCGACUAUGAAGAAAUUAAAACAGAGCUGAGCAUCCUGAAAGCCAUGAAGCUGGCCUCCAGCACCUGCAGCCUCCCCCAGAGCCUGGCCAAGCCCGAGGACCCCCUGCUCAUGGCAAAGGAGGCCUUCUUCCCCGCACAGAAGUUUCUGCUGGAGAAGCCCGGUCUCCUGGCCAGCCCUGAGGAGGACCCAUCGGAGGAAGAUUCCAUCAAGGACUCUCUGGGCACGGAGCAGUCCUACCCGUCUCCUUCGCAGCUCCCACCCCCUCCAGGGCCGGAAGACCCCCUGUCCCCAGGCCCUGGGCAGCCCCUGCUGGGCCCUGGCCUGGGCCCCGAUGGCCCUCGGACUUUCUCGCUGUCCCCCUUCCCUGGCCUGGCCUCAGGGGAGAGACUGUCGGGGGACGUGCUGCUGUCUAAACAUCUGGUGCCCCCAGCCACCUUCAAGGGAGAGUCGGGCAGCCUGCUGGUGUUUCCCCCAGUCUUCUAUGGCGCCAAGCCCCCCACAGCCCCCGCCACCCCAGCCCCUGGCCCCGAGCCACCCGGGGGCCUCGAGCCGGCUGACAGUGGCGGGGGCAGCAUGGCCGGGGCAGGGCCCGGAGCAGAGGAGGAGCAGCUGGACACAGCCGAGAUCGCGUUCCAGGUGAAGGAGCAGCUGCUCAAACACAACAUCGGGCAGCGGGUGUUCGGCCACUACGUGCUGGGGCUGUCGCAGGGCUCGGUCAGCGAGAUCCUGGCCCGGCCCAAGCCCUGGCGCAAGCUCACGGUGAAGGGCAAGGAGCCUUUCAUCAAGAUGAAGCAGUUCCUGUCGGACGAGCAGAACGUGCUGGCCCUGAGGACCAUUCAGGUGCGGCAGCGAGGCAGCAUCACCCCGAGAAUCCGCACACCAGAGACGGGCUCGGACGACGCCAUCAAGAGCAUCCUGGAGCAGGCCAAGAAGGAGAUCGAGUCACAAAAGGGGGGUGAGCCCAAGAACUCAACAGCCCCGCUGAGCAUCACCAAUGGCACAGCGUCUGCCAGCACCUCAGAAGAUGCCAUCAAGAACAUUCUGGAGCAGGCCCGCCGGGAGAUGCAAGCACAGCAGCAGGCCCUGCUGGAGAUGGAGGCGGGCCCCCGGGGCCGCUCGGUGCCGCCCUCGCCCCCAGAGCGGCCCUCGCUGGCGGCGGUGAGCCAGAACGGGGCCCCGACCUACGUCAAGCAGGAGGACAGCAGUGGCGGUGGGGGGACCAGCAGCAGUGCCACGCAGACGCCCCUCACCGUCCUGUCCCCCGCCGCCUUCGUGCAGAGCAUCAUCCGGAAGGUCAAGUCCGAGAUUGGCGACGCCGGCUACUUUGAUCAGCACUGGGCCUCAGACCGAGGCCUGCUCAGCCGCCCCUACACCUCGGUCUCGCCCUCACUCUCCUCCUCCUCCUCCAGCUACUCCGGCCAGCCCAACGGACGGGCCUGGCCCCGUGGGGAGGAGGCCCCCACGGCCCCCGAGGACGAAGCAGCAGGGGGUGAGGACGAGCCCCCCAGGCUGGGCGAGCUCAAGGCUGAGGGGGGUGUCCCCGAGUUGGGCAGCGGCGGGAGGCUGGCCUACUAUCCAGCGUACGUGCCCCGCACACUGAAGCCCACCGUGCCGCCCCUGACCCCUGAGCAGUACGAGCUCUACAUGUACCGUGAGGUGGACACGCUGGAGCUGACGCGCCAGGUCAAGGAGAAGCUAGCCAAGAACGGGAUCUGCCAGAGGAUCUUCGGGGAGAAGGUGCUGGGCCUGUCACAAGGCAGUGUGAGCGACAUGCUGUCCCGGCCGAAGCCGUGGAGCAAGCUGACGCAGAAGGGGCGGGAGCCCUUCAUCCGCAUGCAGCUGUGGCUCUCGGACCAGCUCGGCCAGGCCGUCGGCCAGCAGCCCAGCGCCUCCCAGGCCAGCCCCACCGAGCCGAGGUCCUCGCCGUCCCCACCCCCCAGCCCCACGGAGCCCGAGAAGAGCGCCCAGGAGCCCUUGAGCCUGGCCCUGGAGAGCAGCAAGGAGAACCAGCAGCCGGAGGGACGCUCCAGCUCCUCGCUGAGUGGGAAGAUGUAUCCCGGCAGCCAGGCCCCGGGGGGCAUCCAGGAGAUGGUGGCCAUGUCCCCCGAGCUGGACACGUACUCCAUCACCAAGAGGGUCAAAGAGGUUCUCACCGACAAUAACCUUGGGCAGCGGCUGUUCGGGGAGAGCAUCCUGGGCCUGACGCAGGGCUCCGUGUCUGACCUGCUGUCCCGGCCCAAGCCCUGGCACAAGCUCAGCCUGAAGGGCCGGGAGCCCUUUGUGCGCAUGCAGCUGUGGCUCAGCGACCCCCACAACGUGGAGAAGCUGAGGGACAUGAAGAAGCUGGAGAAGAAAGCCUACCUGAAGCGCAGGUACGGCCUCAUCAGCACCGGCUCAGACAGCGAGUCUCCAGCCACCCGAUCCGAGUGCCCCAGCCCCUGCCUGCAGCCCCAGGACCUGAGCCUCCUGCAAAUCAAGAAGCCCCGCGUGGUGCUGGCGCCCGAGGAGAAGGAGGCCCUGCGGAAGGCCUACCAGCUGGAGCCCUACCCCUCCCAGCAGACCAUCGAGCUCCUCUCCUUCCAGCUCAACCUCAAGACCAACACCGUCAUCAACUGGUUCCACAACUACAGGUCCCGGAUGCGCCGGGAGAUGUUGGUGGAGGGGACCCAAGAUGAACCAGACCUCGACCCCAGUGGGGGUCCCGGCAUCCUACCGCCGGGCCACCCCCACUCAGACCCCACCCCGCAGAGCCCCGACUCAGAGGCUGAGGACCAGAAGCCUCCCGUGAAGGACCUGGAGCUCCGGGGGGGUCCUGAGGAGAGCACCACACCCCUCCCCGCCCAGGCCCAGGCGCAGGUGAGGGUUAAGCAGGAGCAGCCCGAGGACAACGCUGAGGAAGAGGCGGGCCGCCAGCCCCAGGACUCAGGGGAGCUGGACAAAGGCCGCGGUUCUCCCGGAGAGAUGCGCCCCGACCCCCCGGGCAACGACGGAUGCCCAAGAGUGGCCCCUGGGCCCCUUCUUCCGAGCGGGACCGCCCCAGACUGCCCCUCACUACAACCCCCACAGGAGAGCAGGGGCGGAGAGCGGCUACACCCGGACCCUAUGAGUUUUAAGUCGGCUUCAGAGUCCUCGCGCUGCAGCCUGGAGGUGUCCCUGAACUCACCCUCGGCUGCCUCCUCCCCAGGCCUCAUGAUGUCUGUGUCACCGGUGCCCUCCUCCUCGGCCCCCAUCUCCCCAUCCCCACCUGGCGCCCCCCCUGCCAAAGUGCCGAGUGCCAGCCCGACUGCCGACACGGCCGGGGCCUUGCACCCCAGCGCCAAGGUGAACCCCAACUUGCAGCGGCGGCACGAGAAGAUGGCCAAUCUGAACAGCAUCAUCUACCGGCUGGAGAGGGCCGCCAACCGGGAGGAGGCGCUGGAGUGGGAGUUCUGAGGGCAGGCAAGGGACUCGCCCAGCGGCCGCCCUGCCCCCAGACGGUGCGGGGGCCCAGGAGGGAGGAGCUCAGCCACCCAGGCGUGGACAGCGACGCUCUGCCGUUUACGUUUGUUGCCGUAACCCCAGUUCUGUCAAGUCGUGUGUGAGCAGGUGGGGCAGACGCCGCCGCCGCCUCCCUUCAGCACCGCCUGCCCCGGGGGCACCCGCCUCCCCACCCGGCCUCUCUGCACAAGGCAGAAGCCAGGAGGCGCCGCAUCUUCUCCUGGAAACUCCAAACUCUUUUAGAAAAAUAAAUAAAUAUUUAUAGACCUCUUUUAGAUAUUUUAAUAAAGGAUCCUUUGGAAUUUAUUCCCAGCUGAUGCUGUUUUGAUAUCACAGAGAGUUAUGAAAUCAGGAUGCCGUCACAACUGUUGCGAGUAUACACUGAAGUUGUGUCGUUUUUGCCGCUAGAUGAGAUUAAAAGAAGACAAUUGUUCAAAGCCAUCACAAAACACUCUAAGACCGACCAAAACUUAGCUAACCUUUGACCCACGGUUUCUCCCCCACGUCUGUCUCUGAGACACAGCACGUUGCUGCUGCCCUCCCGGAAACCGUGCUGAGAAGAGAAAGUCCAAAAGACUCUAAAUGGAAACCUCGAUGCCCUUGGGGAUGUGUUUCAUUCUGGCGGUCUGUUUUGCAACCUCGGUAACACAGAACGCCCCGUGCUGUUGUGAAUGCUGCAGAGACGUGGGCUGUGGCCCGCUGCCCCGCCUGAGACGUGUGUUUCGCGGCACAAAACGAAAGGCCCGCGCCCCCCCUGGUCAGGAACCCGUGGGCCACGGAGGUCGGACGUCCACCUCGUCCCUGCAUGGACAAGAUGUGUUUCCGGAUCCUUUGGAAAGCCAGGCUUGGGGGCCGGUGAUUGGAGGAUGGCGCUUGAGCCAGAGUGACCCCGUUCCCCGCCCUGAGUCGCGGCCACGGUGCGGAAGUUUCCCUGCUGGUUUUCCAGAGCAAGAGUGUGGCCGCCGUCAUCUCGAUUUUGUGUUUUAAGAAAACAGCAGUGUCAGUCACCUCACAAGCGCCCGGCGCCAAAAAGUAGGUUCGUCGCACCCGAGAGCCCAGCUCCCCUUCUCACCACCUCUCUCGCGCGGGCCCGGAGCCGCUUCCGGGCCGUGCGCGCAGCGCCGCGAGCAGGCCAAGGUCGGCGCAGCCCGACCGCCACGGCCCCGCUCUCCCAGCCCGCCCUCCUGCCUUCCAACUCGUGACCUUUUGGGGAGCAAAUACUCAACGUCCCCCCAACUCAGAGAAGCCUUUCCUCCAGCAUCUCCAUGGUUUCGAGGUGGAGAGUCCCCACUCUGGACGCAACAGCCCUCAUACCGAGUGUCCUGUUUUUCUUUCCCAUCCUUUCCCAGUCUCUGGGAAGGCUGCAUGGGGUGCCUCCACGGCCGAGCCCACAUGGCGACGAGAAGGUGGCUGUAUGUAACUGGUGCCAGUCCUCUGCGGGGGGAGACGGCCGACUCGGGCUUCGGGGAUGCCGCCAGCAUCUUGCAGCCAGGCCAGGGAAACCCGGUGACCAGAAGGGGACAGCGGAGGGCCGUUCCAGAACACUCAACUCUCAUGCACCCAGCCCCGGCCGCAGCCUCCACGCCCAGCAGUGAAGAACAGCGCACACCCUGCGGGAAAUCUCCUUUUCCACACACCCAGGCUAUGCAUUGAAGAGUUUUCCACUGUAUACAUUUUUAUCCAGAUGAAGGUAUUUUUAUAUUUUGACAAUAGGAAACAGUGACCAAUUUUCAGAGUCAUCAGAUCUGGAACAAACAAGACAUCUCCUUUCAGUCACCACCGCCCUGUCGCAACUCAGACAACCGUGGGGGAACACACCACUUUUUACCGCGGAGACCCACGCACCACUGAAACCCAGGCCGACACGCAGGCUGCGAUCCCCGGAGAGCCGAGGCCGGCUCCUGUGUGGCGGGGUCUGAUGAAGCACUUAGCAGAGUCUCUUGAACGCGGAGGAGAUCCCGUCGUCCUCGGAGCUGGCGGACCCUGGAGCAGCUCCGCCAGGGUCACGUCCCGUAGCGGUAAAAACACAGCAAAACCCACACAGCCGUUUCUGUCAGAGAGUGAUGAACUUUGUUUAAAAUUUAAAAAAAAGGAACACGUUCUGUA